AUGGUCGCCUGCUCUACUAUCCACCGCGCGAGCCUCAUCAACUCAUCUAUCCACUCGCCUGCUCUCAUGCAGAUGCUUGACAUCUCCGUCACGCGUGCUCUCAUUGAGCACGUAGUUGACAACGUCGUUGAGACCGUUGACUUUGCGAUGGGACGCGCAUCCACAUCCACGCGCGGUCGCUCCCUCUCCCGAGACUCGUACCACGCCGCAUUCACCGUCUUUGCGGCAGACGUCAUCCAAAAAGCGGAGGUCACGGUCCCCGUACUCCUCACCACCCUCGUCUACAUCGCGCGCGCGAGCCCGCAUCUGCAAAUCUCGCUCGAGAAGUGGGCAUGCGAGCGCGUCUUACUCGGCGCGCUGAUCGCCGCGAACAAGUACCUGAAUGACCGGGCACUGAAGAACGUGCACUGGGCGAUCUGCUCGGGCGUGUUCGGGAAGCGGGACAUCGGUCGGAUCGAGCGGGAGUUCCUGGACGUGCUCGACUUCGAGCUCGGUGUGAGCGAGGCGGACCUCCUCGCACACCACGAGAACAUCAUGAUGUUCUCCCAGCGCACUCGCCCGACGCGCACGCGCACGCGCGCACGCACACCACUUCCCGUCCGCCGCGCGUGCUCUGCAUUCUCUAGCGACUCUAGCGACUCGAGUGACUCGAGCGACCUCGAUUCAGAUUCGGACGACUCAUUCGCGUCUUCUCCUUCCCCAUGCACCCCACCUCAUCCACCAUAUUCGCCCACACCUGCCAAGCCGUCGCUCCCCCACAUUGCCGAUGCACACGUCGAUGCCGUGCAGUCACACCAGAUGUCCGCAGCGCUCGAGCUGCUGAUGACAUUUCCCAUGCCUGUCUCUCACCCACGCAAGUCCACACAUCACCACCCCCGCUUCACAGCCGCCACUGCGGUGCUGGCUUGA